AGUAACAUGCAUAGCAGCUGAUGCUGUGCAGGGGCUAAAAAUAAUCAACUUUUUACUCUCCAACUCUCGCUGUAUUGUGUUUCUUUUCCUCUUCUUUCUUUCUUCUGUUUGUUUUCUUUCUUUUUAAAAAUCAAGACGCCUGGAAUGAAACGGCGUCAGUAAGGAAUUUUAGUUACUUUUCUUCGAGAUCAACUCAAGGCUUGUGUCGAGCAGCUGGGUGGUGGCAUGGCCUUGUCGUUUUGCGGCAGCGACAACGGCACCAAUUCCUACAGCGUGAACGCGGGCGUGCUGAACAAUGGCUGCUUCGUGGACGCCCUCAACUUGGUUCCCCAUGUCUUCCUGCUCUUCAUCACCUUCCCCAUCCUCUUUAUUGGCUGGGGAAGUCAGAGCUCCAAAGUCCAGAUCCAUCAUAACACUUGGCUCCAUUUCCCCGGCCACAACAUGAGAUGGAUCCUCACCUUCUCUGUGCUGUUUGUCCAUGUCUGCGAGUUCGCCGAGGGCAUCGUCUCCAACAAUAGAGGGAUGCAGACCAACCACCUCCAUCUCUUCGUACCAGCCUUCAUGGGUUUCAUAGCAGCCACGACAUCAGUGGUUUACUACCACAACAUAGAGACAUCCAACUUCCCCAAACUGCUGCUUGUCCUGUUCAUCUACUGGGUGUUGGCGUUCAUUACCAAGUCCAUUAAGCUGUGGAAGUUUGCAGAGUACCAUGUUGGACCACAGCACCUGAGGUUCUGCAUCACUGCCCUGCUAGUCCUCCUGUACGGACUGCUGAUGGCCGUGGAGAUCAAUGUCAUAAGAGUCCGAAGGUACGUGUUCUUUGCCAACCCUCAAAAGGUGAAACCACCGGAGGAUUUACAGGAUUUGGGGGUUCGCUUUCUGCAGCCGUUUGUCAACCUGCUGUCCAAGGCAACAUACUGGUGGAUGAAUCCUCUCAUUAUUGGAGCCCAUAAGAGGCCCAUAGAGCUGAAGAAGAUCGGCAAGCUGCCCAUCGCCAUGAGAGCCCUCACCAACUACCUUCGGCUCAAAGACGCCUACGAGGAUCAAAGGACAGCGGAGGAUCCGAACCGCGCCCCGUCAAUCUGGCGCUCCAUGUAUCGAGCGUUUGGCCGCCCCAUCCUGCUCAGCAGCACCUUGCGCUACCUGGCUGACCUGCUGAGCUUCGCCGGGCCGCUCUGCAUCUCUGGCAUCGUAAAGUACCUGGACAAGACUAGCAGUGCCACACCGCCAAACAACAUCAAGGGUGAGCUAUAUUUAGGCGUGUACUUCAUGUCUACCACUGAGCUGCUGCAGAACACCUCAGUCCUUGCUGUGCUUCUCUUCCUGGCUUUGGUCCUCCAGAGGACCUUCCUGCAGGCCUCGUACUACGUCACCAUAGAAACGGGCAUCAACCUGCGUGGAGCCCUGCUGGCAAUGAUUUACAACAAAAUCCUGCGUCUGUCCACCUCCAACAUGUCCAUGGGGGAGAUGACGCUAGGGCAGAUCAACAACCUGGUCGCUAUAGAGACCAACCAGCUGAUGUGGUUCCUCUUCCUCUGCCCCAACCUGUGGGCCAUGCCUGUACAGAUCGUGAUGGGAGUGAUCCUGCUCUACUAUUUGUUGGGCUGCAGUGCAUUGGUUGGAGCAUCUGUCAUAGUUCUGCUGGCUCCAGUCCAGUACCGAAUAGCUACAAAGCUGGCAGACACACAAAAAAGCACACUAGAACACUCUACGGAUCGUCUGAAAAAGACCACAGAGAUCCUAAAGGGCAUCAAGUUGCUGAAGCUGUAUGCCUGGGAGAAUAUCUUCUGCGACAGCGUGGAGGACACCAGAGGCAAAGAGCUCAAGAGCCUCAAGACCUUCGCCUUCUAUACAUCAAUGUCUAUCUUCAUGAAUGCUGCUAUUCCCAUUGCUGCCGUUCUUGCGACGUUUGUGGUGCGUCACUUCUUCGCUGAAACCGGUCCCAAUCCUUCGGAGGCCUUUGCAGCGCUGGCGUUGUUCCACAUCCUGGUCACCCCUCUCUUCCUGCUCUCCACUGUGGUCAGAUUUGCUGUCAAGGCGCUGGUCAGUGUCCAGAAGCUUAGCGAGUUUCUUCAGAGUGACGAAAUUGGAGACGACAGCUGGAGAAAUGGAGACACGUCUGUUUCCAUGGAAGCAGGAAAGAAACACCUGGGGGUGACCAAAGCUAUCAACAGGAAGCAGCCAAUGCGCUACCAGAUGGACAACUACGAGCAGCCAACCCGGCGACAGAUGAGACCCACGGAGACGGAGGAUGUGGCUGUAAAGGUGAGCAAUGGAUUCUUCACCUGGGGAAGUAACCUGUCCACGCUGUCCGACAUCAACAUCUGCAUCCCCACAGGCCAGCUGACAAUGAUUGUGGGCCAGGUGGGUUGUGGGAAGUCCUCCCUGCUGCUGGCCAUGCUUGGCGAGAUGCAGACCCUCGGCGGAAGUGUCUACUGGAGCAACAAGAACAGAUACUCUGUGGCCUACGCUACCCAGAAGUCCUGGCUGCUCAACGCUACGGUGGAGGAGAACAUCACAUUUGGCAGCCCGUUCAAUAAACAGAGGUACAAGACCGUGAUAGACGCCUGCUCUCUGCAGCCAGACAUUGACCUGCUGCCAUUUGGAGACCAAACUGAGAUCGGAGAGAGGGGCAUCAACCUGAGUGGAGGUCAGAGACAGAGAAUCUGCGUGGCCAGAGCUCUCUACCAGAACACCAACAUCGUCUUCCUGGACGAUCCCUUCUCAGCGCUGGACAUCCACCUCAGUGAUCACCUCAUGCAGGAAGGAAUCCUCAAGUUUCUGCAGGAUGACAAACGGACUGUAGUCCUGGUCACCCAUAAACUGCAGUACCUCAUACAUGCAGACUGGAUUAUAGCAAUGAAGGAUGGCUCUGUGCUAAGAGAGGGAACUCUGAAGGACAUUCAGACUCAUGACAUCGAGCUUUAUGAUCACUGGAAGACCCUGAUGAACCGACAAGACCACGGCCUGGAGAAGGACGUACAGCAGGACAGCCAAACAACACUCGAGAGGAAAACACUGAGGAGAGCUUUCUACUCCAGAGAGGCCAAGAACCAAAUAGACGAUGAGGACGAAGAGGAAGAAGAGGAGGAGGAAGAUGAUGACAACAUGUCCACGACCACUAACAGAAGAUCUAAGAUCCCAUGGAGGGUGUGCUGGUGUUACAUGUCCUCCGGUGGGUUCUUUAUGGCCUUCCUGAUGGUCUCCUCCAAACUUCUCAAACACUCUGUCAUUGUUGCCAUUGACUACUGGUUGGCCAUCUGGACUUCCGCCAAAACCAACCAGAGUGUGGGAGCAGGAGCAGACAUGUUUAAUGGAUCCAGCCUGGCUGACGGUAUCGGCGGCAACUCCACACUUGGUACUCCGCAGGCUGAGGACGACUCCUACUACCUGCGAGUGUUCAUCAUCCUGUGUGCGGCUGGAAUCACGUUGUGCCUCAUCACCUCUCUCACCGUGGAGUUUUUGGGUCUUUCUGCAGCCACCAACCUGCACCACAACCUGCUCAACAAGAUCAUCCACGCGCCCAUCAGGUUCUUUGACAUCACUCCCCUGGGGCAGAUCCUCAACAGAUUCUCAGCUGAUACCAACAUCAUAGAUCAGCAUAUUCCUCCAACACUGGAGUCUUUGACGAGAUCCACCUUGCUGUGUUUGUCGGCCAUCGGGGUCAUAUCCUCCAUCACUCCAGCUUUCCUGAUCGCCUUGGUUCCCCUGGCUGUGGCCUUCUACUUCAUCCAGAAGUAUUUCCGGGUGGCCUCUAAGGACCUCCAGGACCUCGACGACUCCACACAGCUUCCUCUGCUCUGCCACUUCUCUGAGACAGCUGAAGGUCUCACCACUAUAAGAGCAUUCAGACACGAGGCUCGUUUUAAACAGCGUAUGCUGGAGCUGACCGACACCAAUAACACGGCCUACCUGUUUCUGUCUGCUGCCAACCGCUGGCUGGAGGUCCGAACGGACUACCUCGGAGCAGUGAUAGUGCUGACAGCAGCAGGAGCCGCCAUAUGGAGUUUACGCUACGGUCUGCAUUCUGGAGGCCUGGUGGGCCUCGGACUCACCUACGCCCUCACUGUCACCAACUACCUGAACUGGGUUGUGCGGAACCUGGCAGACCUGGAGGUCCAGAUGGCAGCGGUGAAGAAGGUCAACAGCUUCCUCGGCACAGAGUCAGAGAACUACGAGGGAUCCAUGGAUGCCUCUCAGGUGCCUGAGAACUGGCCCCAGAACGGCGAGAUAAAGAUCCAGGAGCUGUGCGUGCGCUACGAUCCCAUGCUCAAACCAGUGCUCAAACACGUCAACAUGUUCAUCGAACCAGGCCAGAAGGUGGGAAUCUGCGGUCGCACUGGCAGUGGGAAGUCUUCUCUGUCCUUGGCCUUUUUCAACAUGGUGGAUAUUUUCGAAGGGAAGAUUGUCAUUGAUGGGAUCGACAUCUGUAAGCUUCCUCUGCAGACACUCAGGUCGCGGCUCUCCAUCAUCCUCCAGGAUCCCGUGUUGUUUAGUGGAUCAAUAAGGUUUAACCUGGAUCCAGAGAGGACGUGCACUGAUGACCGACUCUGGGAGGCGCUAGAGAUCGCUCAGUUGAAGAACAUGGUGAAAUCGCUGCCUGGAGGACUAGAUGCGGUUGUGACUGAAGGCGGAGAGAACUUCAGCGUCGGUCAGAGGCAGCUCUUCUGUCUGGCCCGGGCUUUUGUCAGAAAGAGUAGCAUCCUCAUCAUGGACGAAGCCACAGCAUCGAUAGACAUGGCCACGGAGAACAUCUUACAGAAAGUUGUGAUGACCGCAUUUGCAGACCGAACAGUCGUUACAAUCGCACACCGCGUCCACACCAUCCUAACAGCCGAUCUGGUCAUCGUGAUGAAGCGAGGAAACAUUUUGGAGUACGACAAACCCGAGACUCUUUUGGAGCAGGAGGACGGGAUGUUCGCUUCCUUCGUCAGGGCUGACAUGUAGAAACACAAGUCAGUCAGCCAACGCCCGGCAACUGACAGACCGAUCAGUUGGUUGGAUCUGCUCCUUUUAGUUGUUUUCUUAACGAGCCGGACAGCGCUCUGUGACACUACAACACUCCAGUGAAGCCAAUCAUGUUUGUCUUUAACGAGCAGCAACUUCUCUGUGUAUUUAACAGAAAAACCUGAUCCAGACACACUAUCGAUCACCAGAUGAUAUAUAUAUUUGAAAAAUUGUACUUGAAUCAUUCAGUCAGUCAGCCAUUUAAAAUACUGCAUUUUUUUUUUUUUUUUUUUUUUUAUGUAGAAACACCAUAUAUAGUUUAAAUGAUAAACCAAUUACCAAGUAAAUCAAUCACUUGAUCCGAUUAUUAGAAUGGAAAUUAGCAACUACACAUAUCCGUAAACUUUUUCACAACGUUAAACAGCUUAGAUAUGAAAUGUAAUUUAUUAAAGGCUCAGUUACUUACACACACACACACACACACACACACACACACACACAUAUAUACUGUUUACCACUACAUGUUAGUAGAUACAUACGCUGUUGGUUUGGCUCUUUUCAUGGGAUUUGUUGAGAAUUAGAAACAUACAGAACAUCUCCAGACUUGUGAUUUAAGUUCCGGGACUUCGAUCGAUAAGCAUAUCAUUUGAAAAUCAAUCACAGGUGUGUUAAGUCAUUGGGCGAUUGAGCUUUAACUCUCCAGUCUCCGUUGACAAGAUGUGUUAAAUAGAAAGUAAAUGCUGAGAGAAGAAGCAAUUUAGUUUUUAUUUUAGGCGUUUCAAGGCAGUGAACAGUGCAGAGUUUAGAAUGAAUCACUGUAUCUGUAUGGACUUGGUCAUUUAUACUGAAGAGUUGUUUAUCAGAUUUAGAUUUAGCUGUUUAGGUUUUUUUAAGGAUCAGUUUAAAUGGAUCGAAUUUCAAAAGCCUUAAAUAAUCUUAAAAGUAUUUGUUACAUUUAUUUUAAAUAUAUGCACAAUACAUAUCGGUUUUAUUCCUUGUAUUAUGCAAUAAUAAGGAAGGGAGAAAUUUGUAUUUAAAAUCCUUCUUUUUCUUUCUUUUUUUUUAAAUAUCUGAAUGUUGGCUUUGGCCGGUAGUUCCUGUGCUCUGCGUGCAUGAAUGCAUUGUGCAAUCUCUCACUGUAAAGACUUCACAAUGUCUUUGUCCUUCUUGGAGUUUCAUACCAGGAGGUCGAUCUGUGUGUCUUUUCCCAAUUUUGGCAAACAUUUCCUUGGGACGAGAUCAGCAGACGUCUUUGAUGCAGCAGCAAAGCUUCCACGAUCAGAAGGAACAUCGUGAGUGUGUGCGGCCAGUCGGCAACCAACUUUGGUGUAAAGAGGGCGGAAACAUACCAGAAACCAAUCCAACGUUUGCUUUUUCACACAGACGAAAAGCUUGAUUUGAACUUGCCAAAGAUUAGAUUCAAUUCAAUUCAGUUUAUAUAUGAAAGGGGACAGUGCAAAAGAAAAAGAAAGACAACACAACCAAAGUUGAACUUAGCACAAAACAAGACACAACACAGAAGCAAAAAGAUUAGAUAAUAAACUUUGUUACAAUGUUUUUUUACUGUAUUACAUUUAGAAAAAGCACAACCCAAACUGGCUCUUCAUCAGGUACAGAGUUAGCAAAGUGACUGACAAAUGUCUUGAUUUGAAAUCAUCCAUUUUCAGGAUAAAUCAGUCUAGAGAUAAACUUGUCACAGUCGGUUAGAUUUGUGCAUUUAUACGACUUUGCGAGCAAUGACAGCAGCAACGCACCAUGUCCAUUUAACCAAACUUUUAAUGUUUAAUUUGGAUUUCGAAAUUAUAUUAGAACCCACCCUAUAAUCAAAACUGGGCUUUUUCCGAAAUUUUUGUUCCUUUUCGAUGUUUUUGCUGCAUUUUUGUCGCCUUUUUCAAGGUUUUUUGACAAUUUCUUCGCCUUGGUUUUGAAAAGAAUGUCGCUUUUUUAGGCGUUUGUCACCUUUUUUCAACAUGUUUUCAAUGUUUUUGUCUUUUUUUUUCUUUUUAAAUGCAGCCCCAGGACCUCCCUAGAUUGUUGGAGAUCUAAACAA